AUGAGAGAUGAAGCUUGCUCUCUGAAUGUGUGUGUUGAGAUGAUGGGGAUUUUGGGAGCUCAAUGCUCUUCCCGCAGCUGCCUCAGUGGAGAACUCAUAUUCCCAGCCAUCUCCUUCCUUUAUUUCCUUCCUUCUUCCAUGGCCAGGUCUGAUGAGGGAAAGAAAUGGGUAUACACAUUGGUUCGAAGGGUGACUCCCCUCCUAGCAAUCUGCGCGCCAAUACCCCUCAGUCCUUUGGAUGAUUUUGCUUGA